CGAUCUUAUAACAGUAAUCUUCUACUGUAGUCUCAAAAAACAAGAAUAAAAUAAAAACAGAACAGUUUUCUGUUUUUUUUUUUCGUUAUAGAAUAAAUUAUUUUAUAGAAGAAAAUUAGCUUUAAAAUGGCAUUUAAGUUCAUAGUAUUUGUCGGUUUAUUAGCCGUUGCCAAUGCUGUUCCAGUUUUACCAGCUGUAUCAUAUGCAGCAGGACCAGCUCCAUUAGCUUAUGCAGCACCAGCAUAUGCUGGUCCAGCUUAUGCCAAAGUUGCCGCACCGGCUGUUUAUGCUGCCCCAGCUAUUGCCAAAGUUGCAGCGCCCAUUGCUGUUGCAAAAGUAGCCCAACCCGAACCUUAUGAUCCAAAUCCACAAUAUACUUUUGCUUACGAUAUCCAAGAUAGUUUAACUGGUGAUUCAAAAUCUCAACAUGAAACACGUAAUGGUGAUGUUGUCCAAGGUAGCUAUUCAUUGACAGAACCAGAUGGUACCAGACGUACAGUCGAUUACGUUGCUGAUCCAGUAAGUGGUUUUAAUGCUGUUGUCCGUAAAGAGCCUUUGGUACAAAAAGCUGUAGUUGCUGCUCCCGCUAUUGCAAAAGUUGCUGCUCCAAUUUAUGCCGCACCAAUUGCUAAAGUAGCCGCUCCUGUAUAUGCAGCUCCAGCAAUUGCUAAAGUUGCUGCUGCUCCAUUUUAUGCUCAUCAUCCAGUAGCUGCAGCACCAGUUGUUGCUCAUCAUGGUUACUAUCAUUAGAAAUAAAAUAUAGAUAUAGAGCUACAUGCACACCUAAAUAUACUAUUAGUACCACAAUCAUCGCAUCAUACGUCCCUAACAAUGAAAGUAUAACUAAUUUUUAAGAAGAACCAAAACUAGAGGCGACUCAGACUUUGUAGGAUUUUAUUGUAUUAUUACUAUUAUUUUUUUUUAUUAUUUAGUUUUCUCCAUUUUUAAUAUUUUUGCACAAUCUUUAUAAUUAUGAGCUAUGUAUGUUAUUUUAAAGCGUUUAUUUUUGUUUUGUGUAUUAAGUCUUUAUAAAAUUCAUUUUAUAAAUUUUGUAAAAACAAGACAUAUACUCGUAUUUAAAAACAAUUUUUUAUUUAUUAUAUAAUAAAGAUCUUUGUUAAAAGAGUAACAAAAUCCAAUUGAAAAAUAAAUUUUAAAAACAAAUUUUAA